AUGGACCCAGAGAAGAACCGUGACGCUCCCGAACUUCCCCGGCUCGCUAACCAGCCACAGCAUGCUGUCAAUGCACAGUCUAACCUUGACAGUGACAGCGACCUGCUUAAGCGAAAAGGCUCUCAAAAGAAAGAUAUGCCUCUUUCGUGCCAGAGAUGCCGUUUGAGGAAAGUCAAGUGCAAUUUGGAACACCCGUGCUCGAGCUGUGUGCGUUUGGGCGUUGAGUGCAUCGUUUUAAGUGAUAUGAGGAAGAAACGGCCCAAUGCCGGGUACGUUCUGACGUUAGAACGGCAGAUCAAGCAGUUUACCACGUUUUUCAGUAAACUAGAGGCUCUCCCUUCGGCCCAGGAAAAACAGGCUUAUUUGGAUGCCCAUGCCAGAGAGCUAAACCAGUGUUUGCAAGAACAAGAACAACAACUGGAAAGACCAGUUCCCAAAGAAGAAGAAGUCCCUUCAAGAGAUAAGUCUGCUUCGGUGGACGCCACGCCAGCAACGAAAAUCAGACCGGUUUACGGACCAACCAGUGUUUACGAUAACGACCAGGAUCAUCGAAUGCAGCCGGUUAGUGAAAAAAGAGGAACCCACGAUUUGUCCCAGUUAAACCAGCUCAACAAGUCCCAGGAGAUUCUCCACUGCUUAAAGCUCUUCUUCACAUGGCAGUACCCAGACCACAACAUGUACGUGUUCAGAGAAGCGUUUUUGAUUGACUUUUUCCACCCCAAGCCUCAUACCUUAUACUGUUCGCCAGUGUUGGUCCUCAGCAUAUGUGCCUUAGGCGCCAGAAUGUCAGAAGUGGACUCCAUCUAUAACAAGUCCAUUUCCUUCUAUAACGAGGCCCGCAGCCUCUUGCUCUCGUCGUUGGAGCACCCGUCCAUCACGUCUGUCCAGAGUUUCCUUCUUUUGGCUUUCUACGAUAUCUGCAACGGAAACAACUCCACGGGCUGGAUGCUUUCAGGCAACGCGAUGCGUAUGGGCUUCGAUUUGGGGUUCCAGCUUCACCCGGAAGUGUGGUUCUUGAAGAACAGAGGCGCCUUGAAACAGCUAGAUGUGGCCAUCAGAAGCAGGAUCUACUGGGGCUGCUACAUGGCUGACCACUUUAUCAGUCUUAUUUUGGGCCGUCCGUCGUUGUUGAAGCUGUCGGACGCUACCAUCCCGGAAACAGAGGAUUUGCCGGAACUUGACUGGAUCGACGAGUACAAGUAUGUUCCAGAUAACGUCACCAACAUCUCAGAUCCGCUUAAGAACAUUAUCAACCUUAUUAAUAUCUCAGACAACAUGCUUAACGAUAUUUUCACGAAAUCAGACCACGAUCUGGAGCACCACGACCUUGAAGGCGACGAUUUGAACCUUGUGUCUCGUCUUUCCAUGUUGUAUGCUUAUAACGACCAGAUCAUGAAAUGGAAGCACAACUUGCCGCCAGACCUCAACUGGGACCAGGAAAGUUUGAAAAGAACCUCAGAUAACCCUACAGUAUCUGGCGUGCGUUACUACUACUACAUUUUGGUGCUUUGUCUCAACCGUCCGUUUGUAGGCAUCACCAGAAACAUGCGGAACAAAAACCACCUUUCGCCAGCGGUCGUGUGCAACAACGCCAUCGACGAGAUCUUCUUGGCCAUCCAGACGUUCCAGAAAGCCCACGGGUUGCGAAGAGCAUCCAUUUUCAUUGUUUAUUGCAGCAUUUUAUCGAUUUCGGUGAUUCUCUUAACCACCACUUCAGAACUGCUUGGUGCAGACAAAAAAGCCAAGCUUAUUUACUUUCUAAACGUUCUCGUGGGCUGUUCCAAGACCUGGGCGUUGGCUGAAAAGUCCCACAAGUUGAUCAGAGGCAAGCUCCAGUUGCAGUUCAGCCACGAUCCAGAUUUCAACCCAGAUACAAGAAAGGCAAAGAAACCCAAGGUCGACAAGAAGAAGCCUCCGCAAAAGACAGUCCAGGACCAGCCCGUUAAGGUGAAAAUGGAGGAAUCAUCGUCAGAAACCUCCUCCUUGGCUUCUUCCCACGCCCAGGACGCUUUUCCUCAUCACCAUCAUCAGCAUAACCAUAUAAGCAGCGUUGGACCGGUUCCUCCUCAUUUCCCAGAACCAGAACCCAGUUCUGAAGAUCUUGAUUUCCCUCCUUUGGACGAGGCCAAUGUGGAGUUCUUUGGGCCUCCAGUGCUUAUGACAUCGGAUCUUUUUAACGAAGACUGGGAAGCGCUUUUCCCGGACUCCAUUUUCAGCUCCAGAACACACGACCUGUAA